CUGCAGCCGCGGGGUGCGGGGGAGCGCAGGCGGGGCGGUUUGAAAGGGAGGCGGCGGCUGCCAUAUAAACCACCAGGGCGGGCGGGAGACGCCGUUAGGAGCCGGGCUGGGCCCCGCUCCGCCACCCUCCCAUGGCCUUCAUGAUGAUGAUGGUGAUGAAGAAGAAGAAGUUCAAGUUCCGCGUGGAGCUGGAGCUGGACGAGCUGUCCUCCGUGCCCUUCGUCAACGGCAUCCUCUUCUGCAAGGUGCGCCUGCUGGACGGCGGCAGCUUCAGCGGGGAGUCGUCCCGGGAGGUAGUACAGGCAAACAGUGUUCACUGGAAGAAGAAGUUUGUAUUUCUUUGCAAAAUCAGUGCCAGUGCUACUACAGGGAUUCUAGAUCCUUGUGUCUGCAGAGUAUCUGUACGGAAGGAGUUAAAAGGUGGAAAGACAUAUGCAAAGCUGGGCUUUGCAGAUCUAAAUCUUGCAGAGUUUGCUGGAUCAGGGAAUACAACUCGUCGCUGUUUACUGGAAGGUUAUGAUACCAAAAAUACAAGACAAGAUAAUUCCAUUCUCAAAGUAUUGAUCAACAUGCAGCUAAUGUCUGGAGACCCAUGUUUUAAAACGCCUCCUUCCACAGCAAUGUCUGUAGCAAUUGCUGGAGAAUCAGAAUCCUUGCACGAAGACAGGAAAGGUGGAGAGAAUUUGAAAGUACAUCAUCUAGGUGUAUCAGAUCUCUCAACAAAGAGUGCCUCCGUCCCAGAUGAACUUGGUGCAUGUGGACAUUCCAGGACAUCAAGCUAUGCGAGCCAACAAUCAAAGCUGUCAGGGUAUAGUACAUGUCACUCCAGAUCAUCCAGUUUCUCUGAGCUCUCCCAUAGGAGAAACACCUCAGUAGGAAGUACAUCAACUGGAAUUGGAAGUAUUCUAGAGCCAUGUGAAGAGAGUGAGCCAAAAGGAACUGAUAAUAAUUUUGAUACACCUGUUAAAGAUGCUUCUUCAGAAAAACUCUGCAGGCAUCCAGUAAAGCAAGAUUCUGUGGAGUCACAGUUGAAGCGGGUUGAUGCUACCAGAGUGGAUGCAGAUGAUAUUGUUGAAAAAAUUUUGCAGAGUCAGGACUUCAGUUUAGACUCCAGUGCAGAAGAAGAAGGGCUGAGAUUGUUUGUGGGUCCCGGGGGGAGUACCACUUUCGGAAGUCAUCAUCUACCCAAUAGAGCAUAUGAACAAGUAGUGAUAAAACGCUAGAAGAGCAGGACUUGAAGAGGAUCUUUUGAAGCUCCCGAGUGGAUAACUUAAGAUUUUUUUUCUUGUCCACUUACAACAGUUAGCGAAGCUGAGAUGAACAAAUGGGCUCUUUCCAAGGGCCAGCUCUCACUUGGUCUAAAUUGUUUGAAUGCGUCCGGCUAAGAGGGUUCUUCACCUAUAUAAUGGUUUCAAGACAGUUUUUAGCUUCUUGGGCCUUGUACAAGUGCUUAGACCAUCGUUGUGACCUUUACCAGAUGUUAGUGAAUUACUUGCUUUGUAACCUAAGUGUGAAGCAUCUCUGUGGAAACAAAUGGUAAAUAUUUUAAUAUAGUUUUGUAUGCAAGUUCAUUAGUGAAGUGCUCUGUUUGUAACUUCGUUUUCAAAAGAAGCCUUUUUUAAAGAGAAAAACGUCAGUCUUUAAACCUUAUUCUACCGUAAUAAUUCAUGAAGAAUGUUAAAGAUAUUGCCAUUUGUGUCAAAAUAGCUUAUUCCUUUUAUCAAGCCACAAUUACAAACAGAUGGGGAUUAAAGCUUCCACACAAUGACCCAGCUAUGCUUUAAAUAUGUCCAAGAUUUAUGAAUUCAGUAAUAUUAAGCAGUAGAUAAAAGGCUUGAGCAAAAUUGCAAAUGUAGAAUUGUGUAGCAGAAUGCUGGGGUCAAGUAUCUAAAAGCAAAAAAUAUUAAAAAAUUAGAUCUAAUAACAUCAAAUACUAUGCACUUUUUCCUUGGAAAUUAAAUCUGUAGCUGCAAUGCAUCAAAAUGUAACUUCAGGCCCUGGACAGAUGGCAAAAUAAAUUAUUUUGCAUCAGAAUUACCAAGUUGCAGUAAAGCACUUGGAGCCAAGAAGCAGGUUUUCUAUCCUUUGUGGUAGUCUGACUAUGGUUUGGGAGUUAGAGCCAAUUUCAAAUGAGAUUUAGCUCUGUCUCUAAACUAACAUGAAAACUUUUUUUUUUCUAGGUGAUUUCAGUAAUAUUUGAACCUUGGGGGUGUUGCAUAUGGUGCUAUGUGAACAAGAGUCAGUAGCUUAACACCAUUAUGAACAAAUGUUUUCAACCUUAGCUAUUCACAUGUGGGUGAUUUUAUUUCUCCUAUUUUUAAGGUGCCUUGUACUAGAGGGAGAAAGCAAAAGAAAAGGCCAAAUUAAGCUCUAAAGACAACUGGACAUUGCAAUUACUGCCAAUAUAAUUUAUUAAUAAAAGCACUUUAUAAUGUAUACAUGUGCUGUGCAGCCUGAAAAAACCCAUGUAUGAAGGACUUGCCUUGGAACAGUUACAUAUUUUAAUCAAAACAUACUGUACUUAAAUUUUGUACACACAGGAUGGCUUAUCUGACAUAUCUAUUUUAAAAGUAAAAGGUGAGAAUUUAAUCUUAAUGAAGACUGUUUCACUGACAACUCUAAAAGCAUCUUAGCUUUGUUGUUUGUUUUAAAGGGGUAAGGGACAAAGAUCUAACAAUUUAGUCUUGUAUUUACUGUAAUUUAAUUCUAAGUAGCAAUAUAACUCCAUAUUUAUUAAGAUGUGUUAUGUAAUGUAGUAAUCCACUUUAAAAAUAAGCUUGGAUGACUCAAAACAGUACUGCAGCCACUUUUUUUGAAGGUUUUGAAUUGUUUGAUUCAACUGCUGUGUAGAAUCCUGUGGAAGUACAAUUUGAAAUCUUAAUUCCUAGGCCGAAUUAAGAAAAAGCUGUGGCUUUUACUUUUUCCAUAAGUGUGUAGUAUAAACUAAAGUCAUGAUUUAUUUACAUUAGCUUAAAGGAAACUUUAGACUUCAAGCUUUGAGUAUUGUUAAAUGAGAGCUAUUUCUUAAUUAUGGUACUUAAAAGGACUAUUUUUCUAUUUCUACUCCAUUACAUCUCUUUAAUUUGGAUCUUUUUCUAAAGGGCAAAAUGUAUUAAAAUGAAACUGUUUUGUAAUGCUAGUGACAGUAAAAGGUGAGAAUGGGGGGGAUGAACAAAAUAAGUUUACAAGAAUGUAAAAAUAAUCCUGUAUGUAAAAAAAACAAAAAACAAAAACAAAAAACAAAACCCUUCUAUAUGUAUUUAUGUAAUAAAGAUGGAGAUGCCUGUUUUUUAAAUGUUUUAAUAAAAAGUAUCUAAAGUUUUAAACUAAAACUGAGAAUCCAUAGCAGUAAAGUAUGAAAGGUGGACACCUUGGCUAAAUCUUCUUGCAACAGAAAUCUGGAUUUUCCAUGAUAUCAUAAUUCUAGCAGUAAUUCUGCAGUCACUGAAGGUUUAAAACUUUUUUAAACUUUAACCUUCAGUGAAUAUAAGUAGUUUGGGGGGGUUGUAUUUUUUUACUUUGACAUAAGUAAAAUUGGUCUCUAAAUUGGUGUCGUGGGGUGAUUUUUGGACUUGGGUUGUCACGUCACUGAUUGGAAACAAAAACCAAGUCACAAAACGAUUAUAUGACUCAGUUAAUGUCCACUUUUCACUUGAAACAAAUUUUUAUGCCUCUCUGGGGAAUUAUUACUAAAAAUGAUUGCCUUAUCUUUGCCUCCUUGGACUUCAGUAAAAAGUUAACCAAUUUUAAAAGUAAUAAUGUUGUCUUCUGCAUAGUAAUACUGAAAUUGAGCCACCUUGCUUCAUUGGUUUUUCUUGCUUCAUUGGUUUUAGAAAAAAUCAUGUUGGUAUUCCUCCACUUAACUGUGCCACCUGAUCAGUCCUACCACUUUAAAAAGCUGCAGAACGUAUAAACUAAUUAAAAGCUAACUUAGCCUGAAAGCUACCCAGUUUGUCACCAGCCUUCCUAUUUGAAACAACUGUUAAGUUUUAAUAGCAGCAAGUAUUGUCAUUUACGUCAGAUGAGUCUGGAAGAUUUUUCUGAAAUACAGUUUUCUUAGGGAGUUUAACCAGUGGUCCCAGCUUUUGGCCAAGAUGCUGAGUUACUGCAAACUGGUGUAUUGGUUCAGUGCCUGGGCUGAAAUAACAUACUGAGCACAUUAAUUAUUCAGUGUAUAAAGAUAACAGGAAUGUUCUGAAAGCAGAAUUCUUUAACCUUUGGUAUCCUCUGAACUGUGGGUCUAAUGUAGCCAAGCCUUCAUAAAAACAAAAAAAAAAAAUCCAUUUUUCCCUUUAGCAGGGCAUGGCAUCACUAUUUGAGAUGGUUACAAUAAUAAUUUGUUUUUGUUUUUAUAUCUUUUCCUGAUUUUAUACAACUUAUUUCAGCUCUAAGCCAAAGUAUUUUUGUGAUUUGAAUACUGAUGCUGCCCUUAGUGAAUUUGGUACACAUUUGUGACACAAAUAAUUUCUAAAUAACUAGAUAGGCAGUGACAAGCUCAAAUGAGUUAUUUUUCUAUCUCUAGGAAAAACUGGUGUGCAAUAUGCAUGUCUAAACACUUCUCCUCUUUCUUGAUUUGAAUAAAUUCCAAAACCCAGAUUUCAAUUGCGGAUUGAAAUAUAUAUAGCUAUCUAUCAUGGAGUAAUAGUUCUUAUAGUUUGCUGGAAGCUGCCGCCUAUUGCCACAUCAGUCCUCCAAAAGGAGGAAAGUUUAUGUACAAGUGUUAUGUAAAUCUGAAUAAAGCUCUAAUUGUUUUCUUUGGCUUAUUCUCAGUCUUGCCUGCAGAACUGUUUGUGAAGUGAUUCCUUAAGUAUCUUUCUUUUGUACUUGGAGAAUGACCUUCAUAAUUAACAUUCUCCUUUUUUUUUAAUUUAAGCUGCAUUAUAGUGAAAAUGGACACUGACUGCUAGUAAAGUUCGAUUUAUUUUUUUAAAUUGUGAAAUAUUUAAUGUAAAAUUUAAUUCAUAUGUCCAAUAAAAUUCUAUUUGUCAAGCAA